AGGGAGAUUGAUAUAAUCAAUAAUUUCCAUUUCUUUUCCCCCUCAGUUGCUUUUCCUGAUAAUAAUGUGGGAAGGAUCAUAGGAGGAAAAAACUGUGAAAAGAACUCAGUGCCUUAUCAGGUGUUUAUAGCUACUGACAGCUUUAUUUGUGGUGGUUCCCUCAUCAAUGCCCAGUGGGUACUUUCAGCUGCUCACUGCUACAGUCCCCAAAUCCAGACUAUCUUGGGUGCCUACAACCUUGAAGUCUUUGAAGGCACUGAGCAAAUCAUCAAUUCUACUAAGGUGAUCCGCCACCCCAAGUACCACAAGAAGGAUAUUAACCAUGAUAUUAUGUUGAUUAAGCUGACUAAGCCUGCCAUCCUUAACUCUUACAUAUCUACAAUCUCCCUGCCUACUUCCUGCGUGGCUGCCGGCACUAACUGCCUCAUCUCUGGCUGGGGCAAAACUCGGUCUGGUUUCUGCAAGUGUCCAGCUGAAUUAGAACCAAGAGCCAAAUUCCCCAGCAUCCUUCAGUGCUUGAAUGCUCCUGUGCUCUCUGACGAGAUCUGCCGAGUCGCCUACCCUGGUCAGAUCACCAACAAUAUGAUCUGCAUGGGAUUUAUGGAAGGUGAAAAAGAUGCCUGCCAGGGUGACUCAGGUGGUCCUGUGGUCUGCAAUGGCCAACUCCAAGGCAUUGUUUCAUGGGGCAUAGGCUGCGCCAAGAAAGGCUAUCCAGGCGUCUAUACCAAGGUCUGCAACUACGUGGAUUGGAUUGAAAAGACCAUAGCUAACAACUAAGCUCCUUUCGCCACUUCCCUUCCUUCAUGUCCUCUUUCUAGCAGUAGAAAGGAGAUCCAACAAUUUCCACUGCAGCUGCAGGU